GGGAGUCAAGGUCCUUCUUUUUUGGCCGUACCGAACGAUACGUUCGACAAUGUCGAGUAUUGCGGGGGCUGCGGCAAGUAAGACCCUUUGGGGCAAGAUAAAGUCGGUACCGAUCCAACACCCCUUCGCCUUUGGUUUCUUCCUUUCCGGCUUUAAGACUUCCUUUUCGGAUUUGCUCGUUCAGAAGGUAGUGGAACAACGAGAAACGAUUGACUGGAAGCGCAACGCCGCUUUCGCGUCCUUUGGAUUCUUCUACCUAGGAGGAGUGCAAUAUGCUAUUUAUGUACCACUCUUUAGUCGCAUGUUCCCGGGAGCAGCGGGGUUCGCCGCCAAGUCGAUUCGGGACAAACUCAAGGACGCCAAGGGAAUGUUUCAAUGCGGAGCCCAAGUCGUCCUGGAUCAGUGCGUGCACCAUCCGCUCAUGUAUUUUCCCGUCUUUUACUGCACACGAGAAUUGGUGGUACACGACAAACCCGACUUGAAGCGUUGUCUGAACGAGUAUCGGGGUAAUAUGAAAGAAGAUUUGGUGGCUCUCUGGAAGGUGUGGGUGCCGUCGACCAUUAUAAAUUUUGCCUUUAUGCCCAUGUGGGCGCGAAUUCCCUUCGUGGCAGCUACGUCUUUGCUAUGGACGAGCAUAUUAUCCGCCAUGCGGGGUGGAGACGUCUCUCACGGCGAGGAAAUGGCGGGAGGUGCGGUAACGGGAGCUACGUUGACCAUGGUAGAAGCUGGCUUUGAGUUGUUGUUUACGUCGAACGUCGAGCUGGAUCGGGAUAGCAACCAUCUCGUAAUAACAGCGUCGGGACCCGAUCGCGUGGGCUGGAUUGCGACACUGAGUCGAGCGAUUGCUGAUCAAGGUGGGAAUAUUACGCAUUCAAAGCAAGUGCGGUUGGGGUCCAGUUUCAUCUGCGUCUUGCACACGGCAGUGGACCCCGAACUGCAACAUGCGUUGAUGAAACGAUUAGAAAAGAUUCCCGAGCUAGAGGGACUUUCCUUGCAGUGCAAUAUGUUGACCCGACGAGCUACGGGGAGCUUCGAUCCGCCCGUCAUGGGAGUGCGUUUGCAUUGUGCGGGAGAAGACAAACCAGGAAUGUUGGCGUCGAUCACCGAAAGUCUUGCCAACCACGGCUUGAGUUUGGAAAAUGUAACCACCAGCGUCCGACACAACAAAAAAAGCGGCUGCGACUUUGUGGUGGACGCGGACUGCACGUUGACUCGUCAUUUGGACCAGGACCAAAUCAAAGCCAUGGUGGACGAUCUCAACCACUUGAAACAAGAACUGGACCUGAGUACGGUCGAUAUUCGCGUGCAACGCUUGGCCGCGGAACGACGCGUUCCGUAUGGACCACGUUGGGAUCGAUUAGAAUACGAUUGGUUCCCAAUGGUCGAGACGUUUCCGACUGCGCCCAAAGCAAAAAUCGCACGCGGUUUUAAAUUCCAUGGCGGGAACGCGCCCACCCGUCCCUGGUUCCCGGCACGCCGGACCGCUCGCGCCGGAAUCCGCGUCCCACGACCACGCAACGUCCGCACCGUGUGGUACGAGCUGUACACUGGUUCCAUCCGACCCGACCCGUGGCGCACCAACACUUUCGGGGUCGCCAUGCCUGGCAUUUGUGGCAUGGGUCGAGACGUGACGGUGUCGUUCGCGUCGAUUCGCGUCCAAGUCCACCGCGGGGCGUUGCGGGAAACCAAACCGCUCCUGACGGACACCGAUGCCGUCGCGACGCUGACGGGCCAGACGCUGUUGAUCGGCGCCAGAGGCAGCUGGUACAUGAAAGCCAAAGAUCUGACGGCUCUGGACGUAUCGGAUCGUGUGAUUACCGUGUCGUGUGCUUCCAAAACUGUGGAAUUGCGGGACGCCCGCAACGAACGGGACUUUCGGAUGUUUCGGCAGAAACUGCAACACUGGUACGAAACGCAACGUUCCGAAACUGCCUUUGGUGAUUUCUUGCACACCAGUGCCAAAGCAGCUUUGGGUAGUCCGCGGAGUCGCGUUUCCACGUCCCGAUCGACCCAACGCCGGCGGAUUCGGGGAACGUACGGAUCGCAAGCGACUCGAAGUGUAUCCACUGCCGUGGCUCCGACCAAUCGAUCCUGGUUGCCCGAAGUCUUUUCGGAAGAUGAGGGAGAAGACACCCACCUGCUGACAGAUAACGCAGUGGAAACACCCCGCGAGAAAGCGGUGGAGAAAGCGGACGACGACGCACUCUUGCCGGCGGUUUCCAAUGGUAACUCGGUUGGCAAGAAACGCCCCCGCCUACAGAAACUCAAAAAGGCUCUAGACGAUACCCAGACGGCGCUAGAAGACGACUCGGACGACGAUGCUUUAUUCGACGACGUCCAUCCAUGGACUACACCCGCCACACAGCACAUUGUGUCGCCGGGAGGAGCGCUCACGGAACGCAAGUCGCCCGGAAGGAAGCAAAAGAGACUGUCCAGUUUUUUUCCACGCAAACCUACCCAGAAAUCUUUCGAUCCCGCGACUGCGGUCACCACCCCACCACGCCCGGUACCGCGGACCCCGACACGACUGUCUUCGCCUGCCGCCACCCGUCUCGUCAAGUCGGCACGCAAAUCCCUGACCCACGACGCGGCCUGGCUCGAACGCUCGCCUGCCGCCAAAUCGCCGCACCAAAGCAGCGCGGAACGACUGUUUGGGAAACACAAUUUCUUCCACUCGUCUCAUCGGAAUAUUAAAAGUGAACCCGAACCAGAAGACCCCAUUCAAGAAUUUGGUGAUCCCACGUCCGCGACACCAACAUUCCAGCUCAAAUUGAAGCCGCCUUUGUUCUCUCCGUGUGAUACUAGUACACCCACCAAGAAUUUGUUUCCCGAGGUAGAUUGUUCGCCUUCGUUGCAACCCGAAGAGACCAGUAAGCUGACCCCACCUCCACUCAUUCCUCGUUAUCCAUGCCGGGGCUUACGGAACCUCGGCAAUACGUGCUACCUGAAUUCGUCGGUCCAAAUGCUCUGUACCGUGCCGGAUUUUACCUCGCGACUAGACCAAAUAAAUGACAACGCUCCACUCGCGACGAGCCUCGUUCAAGUCGCUCACGAGCUGAGAGAUACCAAUGCUCCUCUGUCCGUAAGACCACGAGCAAUCAAAGACGCUAUGGACGAGAAGACGCACAAAUAUCAAGGAUUCGAGCAACGUGACGCCCACGAAUUUCUUAGUGAUUUAAUCGAUCACGUCCACGAAGAGUUGACCGAGAAGAGCAAAGCGGAACCGUCCAAAGAAUCGGAGCAAACUCCGCCAACCGACGACUUUCGUUUGGUCGUGCGGGUGUGCCUCAAGUGUACUUCGUGUGGGUAUUCUCGGAACAAGGACGAAAUUUAUCGACACCUGUCUAUUGAUGUCGUGGGCGAUGCCACCUCGGAAGAAGUAUCGGAUGUUUCGCAAGCUUCAGUGGAGCAGGGACUGGCCCGGUUCUUUCAACCGGAGACGCGCGAAAUUUUGUGUGAAAAGUGCAAACGCGGUACUCACGCUUUCCAGACACUACGGAUUGUUCAAAAGCCCAAAGCGCUUUUGCUGCAUCUCAAACGGUUUCUAGUGGUGGAAAAGCCGCGACCGUUAUCACCCAACCAUGCAGAGGCCACUACUGACGAAAACAGCCCACCUAACAGUCAAAGUAGCUCUCCUACAAAGACAGCGCCCCCGCCGCCCGAGUACGUUUUCCGAAAGAACAAGGCACCCGUUUUGAUCCCUGCGACUCUGUCGUUGGACUCCUACCAAACAAAGGAAACUGUGCAAGACGGCAACCAGGUUGCCUCUACUUUUUCGCUGCAAAGUGUAGUGCAUCAUGUUGGCAAUCGGUCGUCGUCGGGACACUAUACAGCCGAUGCGCUGAGGCUGGUGAACAAGAACGGCUCAGAAACGGAGAGUGCUAAGACAAUGCAGUGGAUUAGUUUUGAUGACGGCUGCUCCGGUAGAACGAGUUUGGAAGAUGUUAUCCUAGACCCGGUCAAGCAAGCAACCGCUUACAUUCUACUCUAUUCUUCAACACCAAUCUAA